CGAAAGGAUUUUUUAGGCGGCCGCUUUUUUCUUUAGAGCUUUUGAUUGUCGCACUGCACCCACUUUACAGGUUGACGUAUGGAAUUUUACUUUUUCUUUUCCUUGGCUUUUUUAGAACGAGGCUGAAGGGAAGACCUUUGAAAGGGGAUGCGCAGCCCUUUCCCACAGGGGGUGGAAAGUUAAAGGCCCCUUGCCACGCCCGCGCGCGGACGACUGUUCAUUGAUUGAAAUAACUCGGAAGAGCCGCCGUCGCCCUUUGGUCCCUAUGGUACAUGUCCACAUUGAACGACAACCACGGCGGGGCAGAGCGGCGGCGGCGGUCGCUACACUUUUGUUGCUCCUCCUCGUCAUAACAUGGAUUCCUCACGUAGUGGGAAUGACGGAGCAGUGCUCUGUUUGUCCCAGCACACCAGUCUGCGAGACAGCCUGCGCGCAGAACGAGGUCUGCGUCUUUACGGGCUCCCAUACGUGCGAAACAUGCACCUCCAGUGCAUGUGUAGUGAUUGUAGAUCCUAGUCUGUCCGCUGUUGUGCGCCUGCCAACUUCGAUGACCCCAGAUACCGCUAUUCCUAUUUCCCAAACUGCUGUCCUUCCUGUCCUUCUCCAGCCCACUGCCACUGUUCCCACACGACGACCAACGAGCAUACCACUGCCCAUCCUACCGCCCAUCAUUCCGACGGUAACAGCUGCGCCAACAGCAAGCGCGGAUGCGUCGCGAAAGGUUUUCAAGGAAGAGAAGAACGGUGGGUCAACCCCAACGGGCAUCAUUGCCGGUUCAGUUGUAGCUGUCGCCGUGGUCGGGUUUGGAGCGCUCGCUUUCGUUAGGCGGGGGAAAAGCGCAGUGAGACCAACUUUGCGAUCGUUUUGGUCAAACCGAACAAAACGGUUGCGACAGACCCUGUUUCCUCCGUCCAAUGCAAGCAUAUUACGUGUGCCGCUCCCAGAUCGGGGACAUCCUGAGCCUUUUCAUUCACUCACCGUUGACCCAGAGUAUGUGCCUUUGGUCGCGACAUCCCUAUUUAAUUCUUCAAGCGCACACCGGUUAUCCGCCACUUCUUCCGAGCUUUCAACAGCAAUCAUUCAGAUAUCCCCAAAAAGCUCCAGUUUCACAUCGCCCUUGCAACCCACACCGCCUCCCUCCUCUUAUGACCCAAUGCGACGGCUCUCUGUUAUAUCACAUCAAAGAGUCCCUGUCGCGCCAGUGCUCGGAUCUACCAAAACUGGUUCCCGCAUCUUUCCUCAUCCUUUGAUUCUCUCUAUUGCGGGCGACGCCGAUUCGAUUCCCACCUUCCCAAACAUUCAGCACGAUACGUCGACAGUUCCACGUCAAAUCCGGGCCGUCCGAUUUCGGAGCCAGGACAGCGUGAUUCCCGCGCGACCGCGAAGUGCAAGCCAGUCGAGCUGCGAUAGUGUGUCGUCCGAUGGAUCGUCAACCGCAUCCUCUGUGGUAUCGUCGGUCUCUUCGUCAUCGUCACUGGAGGUCCCGUCUCUCGCUUUUGCAAACAUGUCUUGGACUUAUCCAGGGGCGGGACAAAUCCCCUCACCAAUGCCGACUUUACAAAGUUCAGCUAAAGUCAGUAAUAGUGGCUUAGAGUCUCCGUCUCUCGGUCCUCAACUGCCUGCGACAGAUACCUGGACGGGACGGAAAGGGCGAGGGCAUAUUAGAUCUCACAGUGUGCGAAUGAGCCAGCGAGAUGUUAACGUUGUUAUAGGAAGUGGCGACAAGAUGCUGGCCAGCGGCGUGGGCAGCGGUCCCUACCCGGCAGUCCUUGGGCAAGGCUGGUCCAUGACCCGAGACUUGACGGUGGACGCUGCCCAUACCAGACCGCCGCCCCUUGCUCUCCAUUCUGGGAUAGAUCCAUGACUUCUUAAUUCGCAUGUGUACUUGUAUAUAUGAUUGUUUAUAAUAGAUUAUUACUGCGAGGUGUUGAAGAUGGCAAUGAUGAAAUUGUUUCUGGCUGGCG